AUGGCAAAACAUGCCGUUCCCUUCCCCACCACUCAUCAGCAAGAAGAGCCACUGUCGUUCGUCGGCGGGCGCCCUCCUGUUCCGCCCCGCUUACAUUCUACUCCCUCCCUCCCUAAUCUCGGGAUUCCGCAUAACUACGGCUCCUCGCCAGGUUCCCCGUUCCCCCCUCAGGGUCCCGCCCGACACCGCCCUCACCUUCGGCCCCUCGACUUGGCGUCUUCUCCGUCGUCCUCGCCCACCCCUAAAAAGGACCCGUCCGAGCACUUGCGCCGCCCGCCCAUACUCCUCACGCCCCCCCUUACGCCUUCAUCGUCCUUUAACUCUAACACGAACGACACACCGUCUACCCCGCCCGAGCCACGAUCGCCUCUCCGUUGGUUGAGCGCAUCCGAUCGCGAACGCGUCUUCGCUGCCGCUCAUUCCACAUACGCUGCCGGAAUCAAGAGUCUUGCGAGCGUGUCCAACUCCGUCGGCUGCAACAACGCCGGCUACCUUACCCCCACAAGCGCCCACUCUCAGUCAAUGUCUUCCGACGACGGCUCCGGAUCGGCCUCUGGCCCCGGGACCACGCCGGAGAUCUCUAGCCUCGCGUCUGGUCUUGCUAGCGCGGAGAUUACCCCGAGGGAAGAACGUACCUUUGUGCUGGGUAGUCAGGUGGAUGCUCCGCUCGACUUGGAGAUUGGAGAGAGAUGUAGCGAAACCCCUACCAGGCUGCUCAUGGUCCGUCAUAUUCCACCGACUGCAGCCUCAAGCGCUCUGCUCGACUCCUUCUCCAGCCUCGGUGACGUAAAGGGUAUCCUCGCCCGCUUCCAGGCUACCCACGGUGUCGUCAUCUUGGCCUUUUACGAUACCCGCCACGCUGCGCGGGCUCUCAGGCACAUCGCGGGCCACAAGUUUCCAGCGCUCGACAAUGUCCGCCUGGAGGCUGAAUUUGUGUCUCCCGGUCGUGUGGAGAAAAUGACGGCCACGGAGGAUUUCAUCUCUGAGCUGGACGGUUCCUUCUUCGUAACGGUAGAGGGCCGCGCCGUCGAGCCGAGGGAUGUGCAGAAAAUGCUCGCGUCGUUUGGCGAGCUGGCCUCAUUCUCCGCGUCAGGCUCGGACUCGUGCGAUCAGACCUUCCACGUGGACUUUUGCGACUGCAGGGACGCCACGAACGCCUACAGGGCGCUCAACAAUCGCACCAUCUUCGGUGCCAGGCUCACCCUCAUUUCUAAUAUGGACGCGCUCGAUCACCCUGCUCGGCUGAUGCAAAGCGGUGCGCGGAGCUCAAGCCCGGACGCCGCAUUGCCGCGCGGCGCGGAAGGCCGGACCCGCCCAAGGAGCGUGAGUGCGAGUGAAGGCGUGGGCACCCCAGAUGCUGUGAGGCGGCUGAGAAAGGCGAAGGAAUCUUCCCAAGACCACGGUAGGCGGCCCUCGAAUGACCUGUUCUUUGACGCCGUCGGCAAGGCUCUCGACCCCUCUUAUCCCGCACCGUCGAGACCUCGCAGUAUCAGCGCCAGCGCAGAGGAUUUCGUCCCUGCCGCUACUAUGCAGCCCCCCGUCAAUGGAUAUGUCAUUCCCGGCCCUCACUACCCUUAUUCCGAGCCGCAUUACGGCUACGCCCAUCCAGGAACUGUGGCCCCCAUCUACGCCCCUCAUGGAGCUGCUCCCUAUGCUUACCCCGCCGCCUACCCCCCCGGUAUGCGCAUGUACAUGGGCGACACCAGUGCCAGUGCCAAGGGCUACUGGACCUACGCCGCCGCGCCGGCCCCACAGGUUGAAUACUACCUGCACGACGUCGGGCGACCCUCUCUGUAUCCGCCGCCCAUGGUCCCCACCGCCUCGCCUCGCGCUGAGUCUCAGAGCCGAACGCCGGAGCUCCGUGUCAACGACCCGCCUCGCGUCUGCCUUCCUUUCCCUGACGACCAGGCCCACUCCCCAUCUUCCGGAGAGAGAGCGGGCGAGAUGCCGCAUUGUGGCCAGCGCGCUCCGGGGACCAAGAACGUUGUCGACAUCGCGGCCAUUGAGAGUGGUGUGGACACGCGAACCACGGUGAUGAUCAAGAACAUCCCGAACAAGAUGAGCGACAAGGACCUCUUGAACUUCAUCAACCGGGUCUGCCCGCGCCGUAUCGACUUCAUGUACCUGCGGAUGGAUUUCCAGAACGGCUGUAACGUGGGCUAUGCAUUCGUCAACUUCAUUACCGUGCAGGAUUUGUUGCACUUUGCGCGCACGCAGCUCGGCGUCAAGUGGAACAUGUACUCGAGCGAGAAAGUCUUGCAGAUGUGCUACGCCACAUACCAGGGGAAGGAGUCGCUCGUCGAGAAGUUCAAGAACUCUUGCAUCAUGGACGAGCGCGAGGCCUGGCGUCCGAAGAUCUUCUUUUCGGACGGAGCGAACCAGGGCAUGCCCGAGCCGUUCCCACCGCCGACGCACUUGCGCAGGAAGGAGCGGAGCCAGAACAACCGCGGCGCCCUCUUCGUUCCAGGCACGCACCACCAGGCCUCGGGCGGCGGUGGUGGACUCUACCACCAUCGUCCCCAUCCCCUUCGCAUGUCGGGCCGGUAAUUUCCGCCACCGCCGACGCGGAGAAGAUGUCCUUCCUUCUCAUCCGGACGCCGUGACGUUCUCUGGCUUCUCAGUAGACUCGUAUCGUUGGACUCACUGCUCGGGUCUGGAACCCGACGUCGUCGGACUAUCGUCUCUAUCCCUCUUCCUCGAAGUGUACUAAUCCCCCCGUCUGUUGCUACAUUCCGCUGCCCACGUCGCUCUUUUGACUCGUCCGAGACUCACCUUGCAACUGCUUUACACGAUCGCAUUCCUGUGUAUUCACUCGCUGACAUUCGCCUGCUCUUCCUCUGUCUGUUGUCCAGUCAUCAUCCCAAGAUGCAUCACUCGCUGUGUCCUGUCCAGUACCCUCGCCUCAUCUCAUUCCAUAUCCAUCGCUCUCUCCAGUAGAUAGUACUAGCUGUUUAUUUGCAUACGUUCUCGGCAUUCCCGCUGUAUAAGUUUAUUCUACAUCCGUCGCUGUUUGCCACAUCCGUGCUCUUUGCUUCGAGCGCCCCAGUGGCCAAGUCGUCCUUUGUUCCGAUUCAUGUAAUCGUGCCCCUUAUUCC